CCCCUCUUACGAUUCUUGGCCUAGAGUUUCUUUUCCAAGCACAAAACUGUUUGACGAAUUGUGGUAUGGAUGAUGAGUCGGAUGUAGUAAGUGGUUGAUAUUUUCUCUAGCAGUAUGUCAAACUUGGUUGUUUUGAUGAUUGUUUGAUUAACAUUUUGGUUUCUUAGCUGGCUGACUCUUUUGAUGAUAUAAUGUCUAUAACAAUUAUGUUUAAUCUUCUCUGUGUUGCUUUACUGAUUUCUUUUUUUAAUUUUAUUUUGUUUCUGAUGAAUCUAGGCUUGCACGUAGUGACAAAUAAUUAUGGUAAUUUAUUUGCAUAAUCGUCCUCAUGCAAACUCGUUGGUGCCUUAUGUCUCAUUUGCUUUUGGGCAUUUUUAUCAUUUAUAUACUCCCCGAAUCAUAUGGCAAUUUUAUCAUAAGUGAAUCCUCUGAUUCAUACAAUCAGAUAAAACGUCCUGGAUAUGUUGGUGGACUAGAACUUGUAGGUACAAGUGCAUAGGCUUUAUCCAGUCACUUAGAGAGAUCACAAAACACUCUUUUUUUCCUUUUGUUUCGAGAAAUGAAAGAUAUUGCUCAAAUAGAGAGAUCACAGAGCACUCUUUUCAAAGCUUUUAUGAAUAUGUCGGCUGGUCUGGCUGGUGAGGUAUCCUGGAUCAAAUCGUCUUCACCAGUUUUCCUUAGAAGGAAGAGAAAAAAAUAUUACUAACAGUCGGUAAAUCCUUAAGAAUUGACGUCAUUAACCAUCAUCCCUUGCGCCUCGCGUACGUCAAAAAAACCCGUACAAGCCAUAUUAUGGUCAACAAGCCAUCCUUCGCAUACUUAUAGCAAUCACCAGGAUAAAGAGAAGGCAGUGUCUGUUAGAACUCGAUGUUGCCCCACCACCACAUUGUGGCCGUUGUUUCCAAGCGUGGCGGGCUCCACGAAAACGCUACGCCUCCGACCCAUCCAUCAUCAUUCCCCCCCCCCCUUCCCUACGACCCCUUCCUCACCGCCCCUCCCUCUCUCUGUGCCUGUUCUUUUCGGUGUUGUUGCCGUUGUAGUUGGUCGCCUUUGCUGUUAUUGUUGUAGUUGUUGCGGUGGUUACACAGUAAGAGGAAGAUGAGAAGGAGAGGUGCAGUCUGAUGGGAUAAAAGUGAGAUUCUCUGCAAGUGAUGGCGGUAGUUUCGCUUGAGCUUUUCUUGGAGAUCUUUAAGGUCGGGUGUCGUGGUUUCAGACGCUGCCCUCCUCUCUCGUCUUCUCUCCUCUAAUCCCCUCGCACGCACACGCGUAUCGGGUGGGUGGCCCCUCUCUGUUCCUGCAAAACUAACCCCACCAACGACAAGUACGCAGAAACGCAUGGAAUGCUUCCUCUUCCUCUGAUCACUAUAUAACCUUGCUUGCCUACUGCUACUCUUACCAAACUUGCUCUUGAUUCUUACUGGAUAAAGAUGAGCAUCCCAGUGAAUGGCCACUCGGGCGUGCCGCCGGGCUUCCGCUUCCACCCAACCGAGGAGGAGCUCCUAAACUUCUACCUGAGAAAGAAGGUGGCGUGUGAGAAGAUCGACCUCGACGUCAUCCGCGACGUCGACCUCAACAAGCUCGAGCCAUGGGACAUCCAAGAGAAGUGCAGGAUUGGGUCGACGCCGCAGAACGACUGGUACUUCUUCAGCCACAAGGACAAGAAGUACCCCACGGGCACUCGCACCAACCGUGCGACGGCGGUCGGGUUCUGGAAGGCCACUGGCCGGGACAAGGUCAUCUGUUCCAGCAUCAAGCGGAUUGGGAUGAGGAAGACGCUGGUGUUCUACAAAGGCCGCGCCCCUCACGGCCAGAAGUCAGAUUGGAUCAUGCAUGAGUACAGGCUCGACGAUCGCUCCGACAUGAGCUACCCACCCAACCCUGCUUGCUUGAUGGAAGAAGCUACCAACCAAGAAGAUGGUUGGGUGAUCUGCCGAGUGUUCAAGAAGAAGAACCAUCAUCAUCAAAAGAGCGUGGAAAGCGCCACCAACUGCUCUUCUUCUUCUCUCUCCGCCGAUGCCAAGACAGAGUGGCUGCACCCAAACGGCGACGGCAUGUUGGGCCAAAUCCUCCAAUACAUGGGAAGAUCUUGCAAGGAAGAGAGAGAAGAUCUCAACAGUGAGACGUUGAUGAGGCUUCCACCUCUCCAUAGCCCGACCCUUCCAUGGUUUCCGGAGAACUACACCAACCAACAACUCGAUCAUCCAUCCGGGUAUCAGACGAGCUACGUACCGGACGCGAUCCAUGCCCUCGCGGGCACCGAGUCAAACAUCAAUAGCUGGGCCGCGCUCGAUGGGCUUCUCGCGUCGGAGCUGGACGGCCAGGCGGAGGCGCUGAAGCCACUCCCCUGCUUCGAUGACCCAAGCUUGGGUGUCUGCUCGCCUGCAACACUGUUCACCCCGGACAUCCAUCGCAAUCGCGACAGGGACGACGGCGACGACGAUCUGUGGAGCUUGGCGAGGCCAGCAACGAAGCACAUCAGCCACGUUCCAUACUAACGCGAAUCCUUCGUUUUCUUCACGGUCUGAGGAAAACGAGUUUUGUCGCCCCAAAUAGUAUGCAUAAAUAAGGUGAGUGAGUGGUGGUAGAUGGCUCCUCCUGUAAUAUUUUACGGAGAGGUGGAUGUUAGGAGAAGAUGGAACUUUAGUUAGUGUAGUUUGGUGUGGCUUCGUUUCAUCUCUGGCCGAGGAAUUCCACGGCGAUGGGGAUCCAUCGUUCUGUCUUGUCAAAGUUGGCGUCAGCCUGCUUUAAGAGAGGAGAGUGACAUGAGAAGGGAUCGCAUGUGAAACGCACACAGAGAAAGCGUGCUUAGUGUUGCGUUAAUUUAAUUAGCUUUUACAUGUUUCAGAAUUUAA